UUAAAUCGAAAAAAUAACAAUUCGAAAAAGGUGAACAUGGACUUCCGUGUCUUGACUUUAGUCGUUUGGUGUGCUUUGAUAAAAAUUAUUGACUCCAAAGUGGUAUGUCUCUAUGAUGAUAAUCUGAAGUCAUUUAAAAUUAGACGUUUAACUUGCUACUCAACAUUAAGUCACAAUGUGUUAAGAAGAGAUGAUCUAUUCAAAGAAGGCGAUUAUACUACGGUUACUCUUCGUCGUUGUCAAAUAACUCAAAUAGAUGUUGACGGAUUAUUCAACGCAAGAUUGGUUUGGGAUCUCAAUUUAUCAGAAAAUAAAUUAAGAAGUUUACCAAUGGGAGUAUUCGAUAUGAAUACACAUCUGGAGGAUUUAGAUUUGUCACAGAAUCUAUUAACAGACCUACCCCCUGGUAUAUUUAAUAGAACUCAACUAAGAAAUCUACAUUUAGAAGGCAAUAAUUUGAAAAGUUUCGAUACUGGCUUAAUAAGUUUUAGUCCGAGAGAAAUGGUUAGUUUAGAUUUAACAUGCAAUUCUCUAGUCGGUAAAAAUUUAAAUAGUGAUAUAUUAUGUGACAUGGCAAUAUUAGAUUUAUCCGGAAAUGAUAUGAACGAAGUCACAUUCAUGGGUAACGUGAAAAGCUUACAAUAUCUACAUAUGAAACAAUGUUCACUCAAAAAAGUACCGGAUUUUUUAUUGACUGCAAAUUUAAACAGGCUGUUGGUAUUAGAUCUGCCGUUGAAUGAAAUAACUGCUAUUGGAAAUGCUACAUUUCAUAAAUUGGUCCUCUUAAAAACUCUCGAUUUGUCAAAUAAUCGUAUAGAAUAUAUCCAUAGAGACGCAUUCGUAAACCUUCGAAUCCUUGAGGAAAUCAACUUGAGUAACAAUAGAUUGAAUUACCUUUCCAUGGGAGUAUUUCAGAACAUACCUGCUUUAAAAGAACUUGACCUUUCACAUAACUUACUCAGAGAUAUUCAUCCUAAUUCAUUUGAUAACACUACAUUAAAGAAACUGAUUAUAUCUAAUAAUAGAAUAACAUAUUUAAAUCCGAAUCAAAUGUCCACAAUGUUGUCAAAUGUGAAAAGUUUAAAGGAUAUUGAUUUCAGUGAAAAUCCAUGGCAAUGUGCCUGUCUGAGAGACUUGUUACACGAAUUGAGAAAUCAACUUUGCGACUACAAUCAUUAUGAGUACAAUGGAGAACACGCCGUGUGUGUGACGACACCUGAAUUUGUUUGCAAACGAUAUGAAGCAGCAAAUGAAUUAUUUAUUAAUAUGUACGAUGAUUUAAUUGCUCCAUAUUUGACACAAAAGAUACUCUUAUUACCAGACCUAAUGGAAAUAAUGGAAGGAGCACCGAAAAUACCGGUUCCCUGUCGCCCUCGUCCUGUCGAUGAAUAAAUAUUUUAUUGUGUGGCAGAAAAAAUUUACGGAUAAUAUUAUUCAAGUUAGUUUAUAGACAAUUAAAAUUAUGCAGAAGA